AACAAACUGUUGACAUUUAAUUUUGCUCAAUGAUUUUGAAUAUUUGAUUUAACAAUUUAAGUUGAAAUUGUCCAGUCUAUGAGAUUGUUCCAGCGUAAUCAUUUUAUUGUUUAAUUAUUAAGAUCUGAUUCAAUUUUUACUAGAAAUAUCAAAUGUAUAAAAUAUCGAGUUUCUUCCUUUUUGAAGUUGUAGUGAAUGAUUUAGUUUAAUAAACUGUUUCUGCAAGUGAUUUCAAUACUAAUUAAAAGUAUUAUUUCUGAUCAAUUGUCAAAAAUUAUAAAUUGUUCAUUUAAAGUCCACUUUAUUUGGUUAAUUUUUGGAGUUACAGCAUCAACGUCUUUUAUCCUCCUGUUAUUGGUGGAAUCAAAGCAAUAACAUCUGAUUCAUUGAGGAUAACUGUUUUUUGUUUAUGAACAUAUUCCUCAUUAAUUGCUAAGAUCAUGGUGGAUUGCAGAACGUCCAGUUGAGGAAAAAGCUUGCUGCAAAUGUAUUGCUUUAGUUGAUCAUCUGUUUCCCAAAUUCUUGGUAAGCUGAUUGUUGUCUCAGGUUUUUUCAAUAAGUCUUUAGCUUGAGCAAAAGCAAUCAAUUUAACUGUUACAGUUUCCACGGACAUAUUUAAAGAUUUAGUAUAAACACGUGGAGUUGGCACAAGGUGAAUAUUUUUGAUCCAAUUGUAAUACAAUCUUCAGUUAAUGGGUACAAUAAAUUGUGCAAAAAUACUGAGAAAUCAGUUUAAGUUGCUUAAACGUGGAACCAUAAUGAUUAGACCUCGUAAAAUUUACAAUUUGGUCCUGGUAACCGAUCAGCAAAAUAAUCAAGUUUUAUUGGGUUACAAGAAGCGAGGAUUUGGAGUUGAUAAAUGGAGUGGUUUUGGUGGUAAAGUUGAUAUUGGCGAGGACAUUGAAGUUUCAGUGAAACGUGAACUCUUCGAGGAAUCAUCUUUGAUUGCUGAAGAAAUUGUUAAAGUUGGCAUUUUGUGUUUUGAUUCCGACACUUAUUCAUGUGUCCAUGAAGCUCAUGUUUUCCAAGUUCCCAAGUUUUCUGGAAAUCCAACAGAAUCAGAUGAAAUGAAACCCAAAUGGUUCCCAAUCGACUCCAUUCCAUAUGAUCAGAUGUGGAGAGACUUUCAAUAUUGGUGGCCUUAUUUCAGAAAAGGUCAAUUGUUCAGUGCUUUCUUUAUGUACCAAGGAUUGGAAGUUAUUACUGAUUAUAGAUUAAUCACAGUCAAUAAUUAUAAAGAAUUGGAACCAAUCGAGUUACACGAAACAUCCUUUUUAAGACAUUCACCUUUUUUGUCAACUCUUGCUGCACCUCAUUGACAAAUCUUUCCAAAAAUUUUAAGUUUUAUCAAUCUUAAUAUCUAUUUCAAAUUUUUUUGUUCCCUGUUUCAUUCACAAAUGUCCAAUAAUCCUGUAUUUUAAUUGUCUUAUUAAAAAGAUCGAAAUGA